AUGCCGUCCCCGACGAUCCCAGCGGGGAUCGUGUUACCUCUGACUGCUGCGUUUCUUUGUCUCCUCCAUCUCCCUUUGCUGCAGCAGCUGCAGCAGCUGCUGCUGCACCUCCUCCUCCUGCAGCAGCAGCAGCAGCAGCAGCAGCAGCACAUGGGCGCUUCCCCCCUCCCCGCCUGUCUGCAGCAAACUCGGGGCCCCCCGUCCUUCCUCGCUGCCCCUCAGCUCUAUCAAGCACCAGAGCAGCAGCAGCAGCAGCAGCAGCAACAGCAGCAGCAGCAGCAGCAGCAACAGCAACAGCAGCAAAAGAUGCAGCUGAAUAUCCUUACAGAACUUACCUCUGUAGCAUAUUUAAAGGAUAUGCGAAUUAUCCGGCGCAUUGCUGCUGCUUCUGCUGCUGCUCCUGCUGCUGCUGCUGCUGCUGUCGCUGCCGCUGCUGCGGCUGCAAGCAGCAGCAGCAGCGACAGCAGCAGCAGCAGCAGCAGCAGCAGCAGGAGAAAUCGUUCUAUGGAGCUUGCAGCAGCAGCAGGACGGCCUGUGGUUGGUUUGGGGGGUGUGCGUUGCGCUGCUGCUGCCGCCGCAGCAGCAGCAGCUGGUGCAGCAGCAGCAGCAGCAGCAGCAGCAGCAAGGGAGCGGCAAGCAGCAGCAAGGGGACAAGAAGGAGACAGAACAAAGCACAGACAAAGAAGAAAAAAACAAGAGGAGACAGAAAAAAUAAAAAACAAAAAAAAUGAAACAGAGACAGAUUGGGCCCCCAUACCCUCGCUGCUGCGCAUCAUCGCCAAGGCAGCAAAACGGCCCCCUUUCUUCUCUCUCCUCCACAAGCAGCAGCAGCAGCAGCAGCAGCAGCAACAGCAGCAACAGCAGCAGCAGCAGCAGCAGCAGCAGCAGACCAACGAGUCGCAGCAGCAACGCACCGCCUCUAAGGCAGGAGACUUCCUCGGGUGUCCUAGCACUAGCACCACCAGCAACAGCAGCAGCAGCAGCAGCAGCAGCAGCAGCAGCAGCAGCAGCAGCAGCAGCAGCAGAGCAAACGAUACAGCAAGAAGGGCUCCACAGGGGCAGAGAGGAAGACAAGCAGCAGCAGGAGACAGCUGCGUGUCUCUGUCUCCUUGCAUCUCUCUGUCUCCUCCCCGCCGUCUCCGCAGCCAAACCUCACACAUUCUCUCUCACCCAACAGCAGCAGCAGCAGCAGCAGCAGCAGCAGCAGCACCGACAGCAGCAGCAGAAACGUGGCGGGUCUGCACGGCCCGCACCACCCGCAGCUUCACAGCGACGUUUUCUAUCAGCAGAAGCAGCAGCAGCAUAUCAGCAGCAGCAGCAGCACCAAGAGCAGCAGCAGCAGCAGCAACCGCAACCGCAGCAACAACAGCAGCAGAUGGGCCAGCAGCACAAGCAGCAGCAGCAGCAGCAGCAGCAGCAGACCGAGCAGCAAGACGUGAAGACAAAUUUUUUAUAUCGGAGUACUGGGGGGCGUCAGCAGCAACACAAACACAAAUAACCACAGAAGCAUCAUCACCAUCUGCUGCUGCUGCUGCUGCUGCUGCUGGCUGCUCCAGUUCUAGGAAGCAGCAGCAGCAGCAGCAGCAGCAGCAGCAACAGCAGCAAAGCGGAAGGCCUUCAAGCAGAAGGAGAGACGCACAGAAGGAUGGAGGCAGCAGCAGCAGCAGCAGCAGCAGCAGCAGCAGCAGCCCGAUCACAGAUGUCCCUUCUGCUGCUGCUGCUGCAGCUGCACUGCCCCCAGUUGCAGCAGCAGCAACAACAGCAGCAGAAGCAGCAACAGCAGCAGCAGCAGCAGCAUAUGCUGCUGAGAAGCAGGCGGCGCACCUUCUCCGUGCUACCGCACUGCCUCCUGCUGCUGCUGCUGCGGUGUCUCCUGCUGCUGCUGCAGUGUCUCCUGUUGCUGCUGCAGUGUCUCCUGCUGCUGCUGCAGUGUCUCCUGCUGCUGCUGCAGUGUCUCCUGCUGCUGCUGCAGUGUCUGCUGCUGCUGCUGCUGCUGCUGCUGCUGCAGUGUCUCCUGCUGCUGCUGCAGUGUCUCCGCGUGCCAGCGGCUUCGCUGGUGCAGCAGCAGGGAUUGUGUCUCCCCGUAGACAGCAUAGAGAAGCAGCAGCAGCAACAGCAGCAGCAGCAGCAGCAGCAGCAACAGCAGAUGCAGCAACAGCAGCUGCAGCAGAUCAGAUGACGCCAGCUGCAGCAGCAUCAACAGCAACAGCAGAUCUGACGAAACCCGCAGCAGCAGCAGCAGCAGCACCGACAGCAGCAACGCCAACACCAACAACACCAACAGCAGCAACAGCAGCAGCAGCAGCAGCAGCAGCAGCAGCAGACAGCAGGGGAACUGCACAGGCGCUGCGACUCAUCGCCGCUUAUAGAGCAAAAACUUUGGGGCCUGCGGGUGCUUCUGCUGAGCCUGGAUGCUGCCUGCAGCAGCAGCAGCAGCAGCAGCAGCAGCAAGAGCAACAGCAGCAGCAACAGCAGCAACAGCAGCAACGGCAACAACAGC